CAGAAGCGGAACAGCAGCCGGAUCCUGCGGGAGCUGAGCGGCGGUGUUGGGUUACUCCUGCAGCUUCUGGGCUCUCAGAAGGUUUGGGCAGAAAUUUCUGCGCACAUUCUAACGUGAAGAGUUAAAACUGCGUGUAAAGUGUCUCACUGAUUGACAUUUUUAAACUCCAAGUUUGAUCACUGAUGGCAGAAGGAGGGUUUGAUCCCUGUGAGUGCAUCUGCUCGCAUGAGCAUGCCAUGAGGAGGCUCAUCAAUCUGCUGAGGCAGUCACAGUCUUACUGCACAGACACAGAGUGCCUUCAGGAAUUGCCAGGACCCAGUUCUCCAACAGGGGGCGACCUGACUCUGCCUAUGAUUAUGAUGGGCUGGUUGGUGUUGGCGCUGGUACUCUUCCUGCUUCGCCCUGACAGCCUGAGAAGACCCAGAACCUCCAGUAAAUCCAUCAGCCCCUUUACUAAUAAUGGCCGAGAACCUCCAGCACCGCCAGUAGACUAGCGACGAAGCAGGACUCCUGAUUUUGUACCAUGACCAAGGCAUUUCAUCUAUGACCCGAACUUUAGACCUGUCUUCCGUCUGAUUUGGCUACUCUUACUCUUCUGCCUGUUAUGAUUUAUUACUCUUUAACUGUUAAUUUUCUGAUCGAGGGGGUAAGUAACAUGAAGUGAGUGAUUUGAUUUAAAUAUUGCAACAAAACUAUAAUUAAGCCAAAGCAAAGUCUUUUUCAAGACUGAAAGUCCACCUCCCUUAAAAAAAAAAAUUAACACACACAUAUUCUGCAUGGUGUUGUUAAUCAGCUUGUAAACGUAAAGACGCCAUGACUAAUCCCAGACACGCAUGAUUCACAGUAAGGGUGCCUGUUCUAGAUGGGGUGUAUUUCAGGGUGGAGGUUCUAGCACAUUCUGUACGAGCUGCAUCAUUUUGGUCGUUUCUGAUGUCAUUCAUGAGGUCAGAACAUGGGCCGUGGCUCUGGUGACUCAUGAUUCUGGAAGCCAGUUUACUGACUGAGACUUGUGCUUUUUAUACACCACUUAACACAUCAGUCAGUUCAUAUUAUUUCGUCAGUUUAGUCUCCGUGAGAACUGAGCUGGAACAAUAAGCUUAACAAGAAUGCGGAGUGUAAAGUGUGGGUGUGGUAGGAGUUGGAUACGAGCAGAGAACUUGAUUAGGACUAGACACAAAACUGAUCAGAUGCACUUAAUGGAAAUCUGAUUAUAAGGGCAGUCUGCGUCACAAGACUUUUUUUUUUUUUUUUUCCCCCCUCCACCCCUGUUAAAAGAUGGAUUGUAUGCAGAAGUUUUGAGUUGGGAAAAGGAAUUAAAAUAGUCAAGGUUUCAUUGCUGUAGGAUUAAUCCCAAGGAACCCAUUUCAAACAUGUAUUUAAAAACAAAAAAGAGCUGAUUUUAAGAUGUCUCUUCAUUGGCCAUGAAGUUACCGGUUUUACUGGUAACUACACUCUCUGGCCACUUUAUUAGGAACAUCCAAAUCGAGAGCUUCACUUUAACGUUCACUUCAAACAUCAGAAUGGGGAAACUUUGAGAUGACAAUUUGUGACUUUCUUCUACUGUGGCAUGGUUGUUGGUUUGACUAUUUUCAGGAACUGCUGAUCUCCUGGGGUUUUCACACACAUGUUGUUGUGUCUAGAGUUUACACAGAAUGGCGCAAAAAACAUCGAGUGAGCAAUGACUGUUCUGUCGGUGGAAACCAGCGCCUUGUUGAUGAGCGGUCAGAGGAAACCGGCCAGUGCCGAGUUUCCCAAAAGCAUCGUAGCACGAAGAUCGUUAAAUGGUAGAGCGAGCAGCACAUUUGAACACUGUCUUUCUCUCCUAGUUAAGAUGUUCUUGGCAUUAAGAGGCUUUUGGGAAACCUACCAUAGAUUGGGUCGAGCUGCCAGGAAGGAUAUAGUAACUCGUAUAAUCAACUCUUUACAACCGUAAUGAGCAGAAAAGCAUCUCCGCAUGCAACAGCAGAACAGCACAUUGGGUUCCACUCCUGCAGCCAAGAACAGGGAUCUUAGAAUCAAGAACAAGUUCCUAUUAAAGUGGCCGAUGAGUGUAUAUCUAAAGUCAACAUGUAUAGACUGCCAUUCUAAACUUUUUAGUUGCAAUACACAUCUGUUACCUCAUUUGGUUCCGUGAGAUCAAGUUACUGCUGAAUAGCCUUUUUAAAUAUUGUACAUAUUGACCUAAAAGACAUUUGAGGGUUCAUGGUAAGCUUUUAUAACUUUUCUCUUUCCAUUUCUCUAACACUAAAGGACCUGUAACUGUGUGUGUUUAUACAGAUCUAUAGCAGAAAAACUGUAGCUUAUAUUACAGUGGUGUAAUAAACAGUUAGAGACUUGCCAUUAGGGUCCUGCUGUGUUGUAAUAUUUAA